CAACAUUGAACUCAACCACCCAAAGAAGAAGAAGAAAGAAACGAAUUAUGAAGACGGUGGAUUCCCAUGAUGAGAUCCUGGGAGCUCAAGCCCGUCUAUGGAGCUGCUCCUUCGGCCAAAUGAUCUCCAUGUGCGUCAAAUGCGCCGUCCAGCUCGGCGUCCCCGACGCCAUCCACAAGCACGGCGGCGCCGUCUCACUCACCGCCCUCCUCUCCUCCCUCCAAAUCCCUCCUUCCAAGACCGAGCCCUUCCGCUGCAUCAUGCGCAUCCUCACCCACCACGCCGGCUUCUUCAACCCCGAACCGCCGGCUGCCUCAGAUCAAAACGACGACGACGACGACGAGGAAUGGUACUCGCUAAACGCGUCGUCGAGGCUUCUCCUGAGCCCCAGCGACGAGAAGGCGGUCAGGCACACGCCCAGCGUGCUCUUCUUCUUCCACCCGCUCAUGCAGGAGCCCUGGGCCUUUCUCGACAGGUGGCUCCGUGAUGACAGCAGCCGCACCCCGUUCGAGAUCGCGCACGGGACGGCGUCGUUCUGGGACUACCUCAAGAGCCGCGACCCUUCGGGGGAGCUGAUGUCCGGAUUCUACGAGUGCAUGAUCAACGACUCCAAGCUGGUCGGGGAGGUCGUCGUCUCGAGGUGUAAGGACAUGUUUGACGGCGUGACGUCGCUGGUCGACGUGGGCGGCGGUACCGGGACCAUGGCGGCGGCUGUCGCGAAAGCUUUUCCUGGGAUUCAGUGCACCGUUUUGGAUCUUCCUCAUGUGGUCAAGGAUCUCAAGGGUGAAGGGAAUCUGGGAUUUGUUGGCGGGGACAUGUUCGUCAGCAUACCGUCGGCUGACGCCAUUCUACUCAAGUGGAUCCUGCAUGAUUGGGAUGAGGAGAAUUGCAUAAAGAUACUCAAAGUUUGUAAAGAAGCAAUCUCGUCACCCAAAGGGAAGCUCAUUAUCAUAGAUGUUGUGGUUGACGAGAAGAGGCUCGGAGAGAGGAAUUUUGGUGAGGUACAGCUCUGCUUCGACUUGUUCAUGAUGGCCUUCGUCAACGGCAAAGAACGAACUGAGAAGCAGUGGAAGCGGCUCUUCUCGGCCGCCGGCUUCUCCAACUACAAAAUCUCACCGGUGUUGGGUCUGAGAUCAGUCAUUGAAGUUUUCCCUUGAAAUAAUACUGUGCCAGCUCGCUCUUUGUAUCGUUUUUAAUGUUCCAACUGUACUACUUCUACUUCUUCCUCUUUUUUAUUUUAAUUCUAUUUUCACGCCCGUUGUUUUAUGUUUUAAAGUUUCCUCAAAAGCAGCUAAAGCAAAAGGGCUCGUCAGAAAUAAGUUGAGCAUGCAUUGGAAUUACUUGAUGUGUUAGAGUUACGUUGUUUUUCUUUUCUGGAAAAUAAUUUGUGUCAACAUAAACUCUUGACCGAUGA